CUCCUGGGAUAGAGACACCAGGGUGCUCUUGGAAGCCUCGUGUUCCAGAUGGCAGCCCCUCCUUGGCUGGAGCCACCCCCGCCGCGACUUCCCUCCAAUAGGUUGGUUUGUCUGUUACUGCACCCUCCUCCCUACUAGUGAACAAGGCCCCGUAGCCAGGGGGUGGCGGAAAGCCGUUGUCACCUAUUCACCAAGACCUCCAGGUCGCUUCCAGAUCUCCCCAAGGGAUACACCCUAAGGUGCCAUUGGCAAUGGUGUCCUCACGGCACCGCUGAACCUUGAUGAAUCAGCACCCCUCCCCCCCCGACACGCCCUCCAGGUUGGCCUGCAAGCAGGACUGGCAGGGCUGGGAGGUGACCCUACGACAGCCUCUUCCACACAGCACGGCCGCAACAGCUCGUGUCCCUAGACUGGAACAAGCUGCAGUUGGGCCAGUGGGUAGAUUACAGUUAUUUCUCAAAACCAGCCGAAGGCCUAGCCGCAAACCGUGUAGGCUGUGGCUCCGAGGAGGAGGUGGUGGGAGGACAGCACCUCAGGUCCGCCGUCAGCCUCGCGGUAAGGCAGCCCCGUGCUCAGAUGCACAGCCUUUCCCUAGAAGAACACAGCGCUCAUUACUGGAUUUUCUCUGGCAUGAAAAGGAAGAGUUUUAAAAGAAGGAGAAGGUGCCAGUCGUUCACCAAUCACAGAAAAGAAGUCCUGGUAAGGAACUCGGAACUAACAAGCCACCACCGACCGGAAGAAUUUGGGAAAGGUCAGAGGAGAGAGGAGACGCUAGUCCGUAUGUCCUACCAACCAACCUCCCAGAGUCCUUCUCGCUGGAAUCCGUCUCGCCUGAGCGAAGCGUGCACCACCAGGAAGGACCCUGAGUCAGAACGAUUGGCCAGGGACAGUCCGGAAACUAACCCCAUCACCGUAAAACCGGAGACUGUGAGCCACGUGGAGAGCAGUCCUCCUGGGUCCCCUCACCCUCCCGCUCGCCCCCCCGGGCGCCCCUGCCCAGUAGAGUCUCUCGCUUUGCCAGCACGUGUGUCUCCUCCGACGAUUCAGUUCCGAGUGUUAGACGAGCCGUCUCCGGCCCUGGAAGGAGUUUCCCUACCUGCAGCAGUGACAUUGGUGAGAUCACCUUAUAGAAAGGACCUCGAACGAAGUGUUUGCCGUGAGGUCAGAAUGUCUCCAGAUAAACGCGGCAAAUCAAGAGCAGCGUCUUGGUCCUUCCAGAGCCACGCAGGGCGGAGGGGAGAAGCCCUUUCCCGAGAGAAGCUGUCCGCUGCUCCUACAAGGAAGGUGAUGGGAAAAAUGCUUGGAAAUACAAUGAAAAAUUACAUGGUCUUGUUCAUCCGUCUCCCGACGUCUCUCCUCCCCUCAGGCCUUUGCUACUUUCAUCCGGUGUCACCCACUGCACCCCUGUGUCCUCUACUGUCCCCGGACUUCUCGUUCCCCAGAGUCAUUAUGAAGGGACUUCUUAAAGAUGGAGGACUGAACCAACACUCCCCUCUGUGCUGCCAACUGAAAAAAAAUGUACAACCUUAAAGUCGAGAAUUAUGUUUUAUUCAGCGGACAAAACUGAGGCCUUUCGCCUGGGACACAGCAUCUCAGAUAGCUCUGAGGGACUGCUCCAAAGAGACAAGGGUUGCGGGGAGGAUAUAGAGGAGAUUUCGCAACAAAAACCAGGUUGUUGGGACAUCAAAAGAUUACUGUUAAUGAAAGAAAACCAGACAUCUCAAGUUAAGGAACUUAGUGCUUUUCUAUUAUGGGAAGAUGCAAGAGUCUGGGCUCACUGAAAUCACCCCUUUAAUAUGCACCUUAGCUCUCCGGGGCCAGCGUCCUGUGCUUCUCAUCCUGCGUCUCCUCAGGGUGCGCCGUCGGGAGUGGCUGCAGCGGCUGAUGAGUAGCUGUACUUGGCAGUGGGCAGCUCGUCUGACUUCAUCCUGAGUUCCCUCAGGGCUCACCGUCGGGGUGGCUGCAAUGUGAUGGCUUGAUGGC